GUUAUAGUAGCAGCUAUAGGGGACGCACGCGCCAUAGCACACCUGGACUUUAUCUAGCCAAUAGACGGAAUGUUCACCAGUAUCCUUCUGAUUUAAAACACACGAACCGAGAUCGAGAGUAUAAGAAAACCAGAUAAAAUAGAAUAUAGCUACUCGUAUCGUGUAUCCCAUGAGUCUGGAUGCUAAACUUGUGCAGUGGCAUAUGUCAUCGUCGUUUGAAAGCCACAACUUUACCUACCUACCUACCUGGGAGAUACCUGUAAGUCAUAAGACUAAAUGUUCCACUCGUCAGCGCCAUCUUGCUGAGGCGGAUGACCGAUGUCUCGAACACACACCUCUCCUGCCUUCCUUAAAGCAAGUCGGCGCGAUAUGAUAUUGCAACGUUAAAUUAGACCUACGAUGCUGCCAGUGAACAGAAACAGGCGUAUGUCCUGGUACUAGUCAGGGGUAUGAGGAACGGAAGAACCAGUAACAUGCGUAGUUUCAGCCACCACCCCAAGGAGGGAAUCCGACUCGUUUGCACUUCACCCAGGAAGUGCCGUCGAGUGCUGGAUGUGGGCCUUCCGGACUGCUAGAUGUGUAAGUGGUGUAUGUAUGUGCAGCCCGCCGUCGACCCUCCAUCCCGUCAUGUCGAAAUGCGCCCAUGUAAUGUCUAGAUGGCACAAAUACAUAUAGGCCAUGUGUCUUCCGGGGAUGUCGUGCUAAGCAACCAGUUCCAUCCGUUCCGACCCCUCGCCUUUCGGCCGGACGGGACUUUUCAGAUUUCAAUUCUUGAAGACUUGCAUUUUGGCGAAAAUGCCUGGGAUCAAUGGGGCCCGCAGCAGGAUAUCAAUUCAGUCAAAGUGAUCAACAAAAUCUUCAAUAAAGAGUCACCUGAACUGGUCGUGUUGAAUGGUGAUCUUAUCACAGGCGAAAACGGAUUCUUAGAGAACAGCACCGUAUACAUUGAUCAGAUCGUUGGCCCUCUUGUUGCUUGGAACUUGACUUGGGCGUCCACUUAUGGAAAUCAUGAUUACGACUUCAAUAUUUCUGGGGAUGCCAUUCUCGAGCGUGAAAGAAACUGGAGAAAUAGUCGUACAUCUCCCAUGAUUUCCGGGCCGGACGCGGGUGUCUCCAAUUACUAUCUCCCAGUCUACGAUUAUGGCUGCCUAAACGAAUAUACUUGUGCCCCUCAGUUGAUUCUUUGGUUCUUCGACAGUCGGGGCGGGUUCAAGUACCAGCAGGGAAACUCGACCAACAGGGUAGGACAACCGAAUUGGGUUGACAUCAGCGUUGUAGACUGGUUCAACGAGGCGAGCACUAGUCUCACGAAGAGAUAUCGCAAGGUAAUUCCCUCGCUAGGCUUCGUCCACAUCCCGCCAUACGCCUCCUACGCUCUGCAAGAUGCCGGUGUAGACCCGAACAAGGAGCCGGGCGUCAACGACGAUGUACCACUCGCACCACAAGCUCAAGGAUGGUGUCCAGAUGGUCGCAAUGAUGGGACAUGUACCUAUGGUACUCAGGAUACCGAGUUUAUGCAGGCCAUAUCGCACACAGAAGGCUUCAUGGCGUUGUUCUCCGGCCAUGAUCACGGAGACACGUGGUGCUACAGAUGGGACAGGCUAUUGCCUGGGAUGGUUGUGACACCAGCGAACAACGUGACCCUCUGUUUCGGUCAGCACACGGGCUACGGCGGGUACGGGAACUGGGAGAGAGGCUCUCGUCAAGUAAUGGUCUCGAAGGAUGGCCUUGCCAAGUUCGAGGCUGACACUUGGAUUCGUCUAGAAUCAGGGAGCAUAGUAGGCAGGGUCUCACUGAAUAGCACAUAUGGGCAAGAUCUUUAUCCUAGAACGAAUAACUCAAUGACGCACUGCCCAACCUGCGAGUAUUGAGGUAGUAACGAAAGACACGGGCUUAAUAUCAUAAUAUUGGAUAAUUUCACAUGAAGACAAUUUCUCUCUGGGUAUAUAGUAAUCGCCGAGAGUAUGAUCACUUAUGGCUUGAUAACUGGAUACGGUUUUUGAUCAGUAGAGCUCUGCCAAAAACACUUCUUAAAAUAAUAAAUCUC